AUGAGCGAUCUCAGAGACGACUAUCUUGCAAUAUACCCCUCCAAGACGCCAGGAGUCGUCAACGCACACGCAAAGUUCCUGGCAGAUCUGACUAGCUCGGAUGCGAAAACCCACUGGGCAGCCGUGGCAGCCAAGAACGAGGUAUACAAGUCGUUGCAACAGGACCGAAAGGCCGUGUUUUCGUCUUCUCCAGAGGGGGGCUUGCACAACUAUGUGUUCAUGCGACACUCCAUGAAGCUCUCAGCAAGGGAUCGCUCUCGGACAAGGACUACAGGCGCUGUCAUUCUCUUGUUCAAAGAUGCCGUUCGAAUCGAGAAAGUCAUCAUGGACGGUAAACGUCAAGGCGUCAAGCUUCGGAUCAUGUUAAAACACACCUUCUGUGACGGCCAUUUGCUCGACAUGUUUGAGAAGAUUGACGGCGUCGACGGCCUGAUGAGAUUCAUCAACCAGGGCGAGAGCACUACCUAG